AUGUCUGCCUCCAAGUCGCGAUGGGCAGACGAAGACCCCGAAACUGAAGCUAUUAUCGCGCAGCAAAAACGCGAAAAGGAGGAGAAGCGACGCGCGAAGGCCGAGAAACUGCGCCAGCAGGAGGAAGCCAAUAAGGCUCGCACUUCGACACAGGCGGCCGACAGUGCCCAAUCACUCAAUGGGGACUUAGGACCUCCGACCAAGCGAAGGAGACUUUCAAAUGACGCCGAUGCGACCCAUGGAAAUGCUGAAAUCGCCGAGAGUGAUGAGCAGAAGGAACAAGCGAGCUUGUUGAGGUUCCCAGUGCGGGAAUGGGGAACUUGUCGGCAUGUGGAUAAUUUCGAGCGGUUGAAUCACAUCGAAGAGGGCUCUUAUGGGUGGGUUUCGAGAGCAAAGGAUAUCACAACAGGGGAGGUGGUCGCGCUGAAGAAAUUGAAGAUCCAGAACUCGCCGGACGGGUUUCCUGUGACCGGGCUACGGGAGAUUCAAACACUUCUGGAAGCGCGACAUCAGAAUGUGGUCUAUUUAAGAGAGGUCGUCAUGGGUAACCAGAUGGACGACGUAUACUUGGUUAUGGAUUUCCUCGAACACGACCUCAAGACCCUCCUUGACGAUAUGCGUGAACCGUUCCUCCCGUCAGAAAUCAAAACUCUCCUUCUGCAGGUAGUGGGUGGUCUUGAGUUCUUGCACGCCCAAUGGAUCAUGCACCGCGACCUAAAGACAUCCAACCUCCUCAUGAAUAACCGCGGCGAGAUCAAAAUUGCUGACUUCGGCAUGGCGCGCUACUACGGCGACCCUCCACCUAAACUGACACAACUCGUCGUGACACUCUGGUACCGAUCCCCAGAACUACUUCUCGGCGCAGAAAAGUACGGCACCGAGAUCGACAUGUGGAGCAUUGGCUGCAUCUUCGGUGAACUACUCACCAAAGAACCUCUUCUCCAAGGCAAGAAUGAAGUGGACCAAGUCUCCAAGAUCUUUGAAUUGACAGGCCCUCCAAACUCGCAAAUCUGGCCUGGCUUCCGGUCUCUGCCUAAUGCCAAAUCUUUACGUCUGCCACCGUCAACUUCCGCGUUCGGGGGCAUUCCUUUACUGCCUCGCUCGCGGUUCCCAUAUUUGACUAAUGCGGGCUUGAAUCUGUUGUCGGAGUUGUUAGCGCUUAAUCCGGCUUCGCGUCCGACGGCUCGGCAGUGCCUUGCUCAUCCUUAUUUCAGAGAGGAUCCUCGUCCUAAACCGAAGGAAAUGUUUCCGACUUUCCCUUCGAAGGCGGGGAUGGAGAAGCGCAGGCGUCAUCAUACACCCGAGGCUCCUAAGCAUGGCGAGGUAGCUCCAGAAUUGGAUUUUGCUGGGGUGUUUGGUGGUGCCCCGGGAGGAGAUACUGGAGAGACUGGUGCUGGGUUUACUCUUCGCCUGGGUUAA